GUCCAUGUAAACAAUAAGUUUUUGCAGUUGUGAUACUUGAUAAACCGUGACUUUUUCAAUUUUUUUUUCUUUUUUUUUUUUAUAGACAGUUUAAGUAUCCAUGAUAACUAUGGGGGGAGGGUCACCCCCCAAAAACUAAGUAAGAGCAGUCACUUGCACUUUUUUUUUUAAGCAAAACUCUUUUGAAGCAAAAAAAAUACAAAAUGCGUUAUUCCCUUAUAUAAAAAACAUGUCAAAGAAAGCAGAGUCAGUCACACCCGGUCAACGUCUUGGUUAUGCUGCCGAUUAUACCGGCGGACCUGGUACAUAUGAACGCGAUGGAUUACUCUAUGCCAGUGUUGUUGGUCAACGAUACAUUGACCCUUCCAAAAACGAACAAUUACCUACUAUUCGAGUUUCAAGAGAUAAAGAACAAUCAGCAGUACCAGAAGUUGGAAGUGUGAUUACGGGUAAAGUAAUUCGAGUGGCACCACAUCAAGCAGUGAUUGCCAUUAUGGUUGUUGGCGAUGUGCCUUGUAAAGAAGAUUUUAUGGGUGUUAUUAGGACACAAGAUGUGCGUGCAGCAGAAAAGGAUAAAGUCAAGAUUUACAACUCAUUUAGACCUGGAGAUAUCGUGAAAGCCGAAGUGAUUUCAUUAGGUGAUGCACGAUCUUAUUUCUUAUCAACAGCUAAAAAUGAAUUGGGUGUGAUUUUUGCUACGAGUGUUGCUGGUGGUGCCACCAUGGUGCCUAUCUCUUGGCAAGAAAUGCAAUGUCCAAAGACAAAAACCAUCGAAUUACGUAAAUGUGCCAAACCAGAAUAA